UCACGUGUACGCGACGAUUCAACAGAGCGAACGGCUGGCGGAUAUGCCGACAUAGACGCUCUUGUGGCCCAGCUUGUAUUCGUACACAAUAAAAAAAAGAUCGUUUAGUUUACAAGAAUUUUAAGUUUGAAAUGAGCAUUAUAUUGAAUUCCUCGCCUGGUGUUUGUAGUUCGGCAUUAAAGCGGAGAGCCUCGUCCGAUGAUGACGAUGAACUAUCAUCUAAAAAAUCAAGAAAUGCUUACUAUGUCACCCUUGAAUCCGAAUCGCCCUUACCGACCAGUGAGGAUGACGAGUCUAUAUACACAAUCCAAGGAGAUGAAACUGAAUUCGUCCAAGAUACGUCCGACACUUCGACACAUACGUAUGACGACAGUGACGAUGACAUCUCCGUGCAAUUGGAAUUUGAAGUUGCCUCUCAAUCCGAGGAGGAGAAUCCAAUGCUCAAUCCAACGUCGUCAUCUGAUCCUGAGGAUUACGUAACGAUGGGAGUGAUCGCCGCAAUAUACAACGAGACAGACAUCGGCUUUGCAGACGACAGCGAUGACUCUCGAAGCACAGUUGACAGCGAAAUUGGCAGAGCGGAUUAUUGGACGUGCGUCCAAUGCACCAGCAAAAACAAUAAUCCAUUGUUUCGCUAUUGCGAAAAGUGUUACAAAAUUCGAAAAAACUUCUUUCCACCACGACCGAAACGCAAGAAACGUCGUCAGCAAAAGGAAAACGAACUAAUCGAAUUUGAUUUAAUGAAAAAGAAAUCCGAAGAAAUUUUAAGUCACGAUUCCGGUGUGAGUAGUCAGGAUACGAAAUCCAGUCAAGAGUCUGACGACAGUAAAAAUCUUGAUUCUACGGACAAAAAGAAUCUUGAUCUCGUCGAUGGAAUUGAUAUUUCGAUAAAAAUCAACAAAUCAGAAAAUAAUUCCAUUGAAGAUGGCAAAAAUCAAAAUUCACUGGAUGAACGGAGUAAAAAAACAGAUGUCGAUUCAGAUGAAAAAAUGUGCAUCACGUGUACAUUGAAUCCAAAAAACGGAGCAUUCUCACACGGAAGUACACUUCACGUUAGUUGCUGUUAUAAAUGUGCCAUUCGAAUUUGGAGGACUAACAAACACUGUCCAAUUUGUAAUCGAAAAAUUACAAACGUACAAAAAAUUUUCUACAAUUAAAACGGGGAAUAGUUGUUAGAAAAUAUAUCCUCAGGUAUUUUUCCCUUAAAAAAACAACAAAAAAAAAAACCUUUAACUUUUUCUGAAAAUUUUUCCAAUUUUCAGUAAUGAAAAAUAAUUUUUAUUCGAAAAAAUUAGCUAUUUACUGUUGUUAUUUGUAUAAAAAAAAAGAAAAUUAUUUAUUAGAAAAAAAAUGAAUCUCAUUAGGUAGGAACUGAUUGGUUCUCGAUUGAUUUACAUAUUUUUACAUAAAAGGCUCGAAUAUGAAUCAAUUUUCAUAAAAAAUGUGUGUAUUCAAAUUUUCAUGUGUAUAUUUCAAAUUUUAUUUUUAAAUAAGAUUAUAUACUUAAUUUCCUUAUACAAAAUAUUAACUAUUUUUACACAAUUUUUAAACAUUUGGAUAAUUUUUAUCUCUUUUUUUCUAUUAAAUAAUUUAACUUUUUUUUGAAUUGCUAAAAAUUGACAAACAUUUUGUUUAUACUUUAUGGAAAUUUAAUAUAUUUUUGUUUUUGAAUUUUAUUAUUAUAUUUUAUGAGUUAAUUUAAAAAUAUUCAGGACAAAGAGUUUUUUGCGUCCUCAACAAAAAUAUUUUUUUUUGAAAACUGAUUCAUUAGCAAUUUUUUAAUAUUUCAUUCUCAUUUUUGUAAAUAUUUCAUUGUUUUCAUUAAGCAUUCAACAUUAUGAUUUUCACACAAACACUGUAAAAAUAUUGAAUGUAUAUAAAAAAAAAUAUUAAUCAACGAA